GUAUUACAUACAAUAAUAUAUUAUAGUUACAGAUACAUUUUAUUAUUAUCAUUGUUUUUUUUUUAUUUUUUAAAUUGUAUUUUAUUUUCUCUUUUGUACGCCACCGACUGAUGUGAAUAACUUAUUAGCUCGGCGCUUGCUCCUCGCGUACGGCUGGCUGGUGGCGGUGGUGUCCCAAAAGCGGAUUUUCGUCAAACAAUAAUAAAUAAUAAUAAUAAUAUCAAUAAUAACGCAAUAUCUUAUUACCAUUGUUGUUAAUUUAUUAUAAAAUCCGCUAAGAUUUGUGAUUUUGUCAGAAUUUCGUUCCGCCGCCAACGUUGUGUUCCGUACGUAUAAUMAUCCGUACGAAUAUUAUUUGUGCCUUUUACAUCGCAAUCGCGUCAAUAUGGCGUAGUGCUGCCGUCCGUGUUCGUCUUCGUCGCCGCUGUCGUCGUCAAACCUCCGCCGUUAACGGUAUCGUCGUAGGUAGUUCGGUAGGUAGGUAACCGUCGCCACUACCGUGCAGUGUCAGUGCGAUAUUAUAAUAUAGCUUCAGCAAUAAUAAUUACUAUAACGAUCAUAAAGUUAGGGURUUUUGCCUACUGGAAAUUAAAUAAACAGUCCAAACGGGGUCUUGCCUUCGUUAUUGACGUUAUUGUAUAGUGCUUUUCCAAUUUCAAAAGCUUUGUGUGCUACUAAGUAGAUACAAAACGCCAAGUUCGUUGGUGGUGCUKUCGUUACUCGUUAGCGUGACUGAAAAAAAUUGUCUCUGUUCCAUGACUUCGACGGAUUAUUUUCCAACGAUCCGACAGCGGACAUCACCAAUUCCAGUUACCUUGUAGCGCACUAACGUCGCUCGUCAAAACAAACAUGACCACGUCCAUCAGGUCCAUCCCGUCUGACAAGAUAAACCUCAGAUUGAUUCUUGUCAGCGGUAAAACUAAAGAAUUCAUAUUUAGUCCUAACGACUCGGCGGGCGAUAUAGCUCAAGCAAUUUUUGAUAAUUGGCCGGAAGAUUGGGCGGAUGAAGCAGUAGAAAAAGCUGAGAUCCUCAGACUGAUAUAUCAGGGUCGUUUUUUACACAGCAAUGUUACAUUGGGUGCUCUAGGCCUUGUGCCUGCCCGCACYACUGUUAUGCAUCUUGUACCAAGAGAAACACUACCCGAGCCUAAUUCACAAGAUCAAAGACAGAAAAGUAAAGGUGCAAGCAGUAGUUGCUGUUCAGCUGCCUGUUCUAUAUUAUGAAUGUGUACUACAAUAAAGGAAAUUUUGUGUAUUUACUAUUCAGUAAAUUAAUUUAAGUAUGCUUAAAAUGCAACUUUCAAAACAAAUUUGUAGUGAGCGGUCUCACCAUUUACCCAAUAAUGAAUUGUGACCAUUGGUGGGUUAAUGUUCUAUAGAAUUUUUUUUUACUUGUAUAUUUUCAGGUAUCCCCUCCAAAUUUUUUUUAAUUAUUAUUAUUUUCGUUUUUUAUUAACUAUAUCAUAGAUAGGUCUAAGGGCAAAAAAUAUAAUUAUUAUACUUUACAUUAGGUAGGUUUAUUAAUACAUCACAKAUAUGACGCGAAUAUGAACCUGCUUUAUUUGUUGGUAUUUUAAUAAACUGUGUUCAAUUUGUAAAAAUUAACGCAACUAAUUUACUCUACCAUGAUUAUGGAUAACCGAACUGUCCUUUAUUUUGUAUUGUUGCAAUUCAUAACGAAAUCUGUAAUCUUAACUAUUAUAUGUUAUUUAGAUUUGUUCGGUCUUCCUUUAACAAAAAAAAAUAAAGAGUUAAUAAAAAAUAAAUAAUAAAAAUAUUUUUAUAAAAAUAUAUAAUAUGUAAACAUUUAAAAAAUAAAUGUUAUUGCACGGUAUAUGAUUACUGUUCUACAUUUGUCUUUAUGAUGUAUGUUUUGUGUAAAUAGUAAUAUUCAUUCGUACAUUUAAAUCAUGUUUUGAAUUAUAUUUUUGGGAUGAAAGAAAUCAACUUGCAAUAUCUCAGAGUCGUGCUUUAGUUUGUGCUCAUUAUUCUUAAACUAUAUGAAAUAUAAACUUGAUUUUAUUGUUGUAUGGAUAUUAAUUAUAUUGGUUGUCUUAAAUCAUAAUGUUUAU